AUGCCUAUAACUUUUGAUUACAAGUUUGCAUCGUACCAGGGAAAGUUCGUCAGGAUUGGACCUAAUCAUAUCAGUAUCGCCGAUCCCAACGCAUUGGAGCGGGUAGGGUGUAUACGGCCACUCGAGUGGGUUCUCAAAUCUGAGUUCUAUGAAGCAUUUAGAAUUGGCCGACAAGACGACGUUUUCACCACCCAGAAAAAGGCAUCUCAUACAACGAAACGCAAGCGUAUUGCCAACAUAUUUAGCGCGCAGAACGUCCAAGCGUUUGAGCCCCGUGUGCGGACGCAUGUUGAACGACUCUGUGCUCAGUUAGACCUUCGAUGCGAGCAGGCUAUGAAAGGUAUCUCUGGCUUCAACUGGGAAGCGAGAGGAGGCCAGGCUGUUAUUAAUAUGGUCCUCAACGGAAAACGGAACGGCGCGGCCGAGGGCGACGGCGGGAGCGAGAAUAGGGGUGUCGACCUUUUGGACAAGCUCUUCGAGGUGAAAAUAUACGAUGGAUCACCGUUGUCUAGGGAAGAGAUUGACUCUGAAGCUUUGGUUACUAUUGGUGCUGGUAGCGAUACCACGAGCAACUCGCUCAGCGCGCUCUGUUACCACGUUGCCUCAGACGCCAGAAUCAAGCAGAAACUUCAAGAAGAGCUCGACUCUGCUUUUGCUUCCACGCAAAAAGAUGUUAACGACUUUGCCAGUUUUGAAGAGAUCAAGAACCUCCCGUACCUCAACGCCUGCAUAAAAGAAGCCCCGGUUGCAUUCUACUUUGCGGGAGAGACUUUCAAAGAAGGGAGCGUCAUCAGCGUUCCUUCCUAUACCACCAAUAGAUCAAAUGUCUGGGGCUCAGACGCUGAGAUGUAUCGUCCAGAGCGCUGGCUCGAGGAUGGAUCAGAGUCGCUGAACAAGUAUUAUUUUGCUUUCUCGACCGGACCGCGCGCAUGUAUUGGUCGUAAUCUCGCCCACAUGGACAUGAUGCUGUCUUCUGCUGCAUUCUUCCGUCGCUACGAUGUCGAUUUGGCUACUCCUACUACAAAGCUCGAGAUCAAAGAGGGAUUUGUUAGGGAGACAGUUCGAUGUGAAGUAGCGAUCAAACGUCGGAUUUAA